CACAGUACAAACAGUGUUGAUAACCGGCGAAAUAUAAACGGAAGACAGGAAAAUAUCAACCAAGUCUAAGAUUUAACAAAAUUGUAUUUAUCUGCAUUUAACCAUGGUUUCCCGAUUUGACCAACAAAAGACCAAGCACCAGCUCUUCCACGUGUCCCUCAGCCUUGCCACCAUCCUGAUCUGCAUGGCAUACAUGCAGUAUCGCCGCAAUUGGGCACAUCUCGGCAGCUUCUGGGAUUCUCUGGUCGUCCCUAUUGUUUUCCUCGGAGAGCUGCUAAAAGUUGUAUUGGCUCGCUUCUAUGGGAAGGUUGAGGAUGGCGUCCUGACCGCUAAACAGCGCCAAAAAAAGAACUCGUACUUUACGCCGCGGGAGCUCCUCGGAGGAUUCACCUUGCAGUUCCUGUGCACACUCCUCUACGCCUUCAUUUGCAUCAUUUUGGGAGCCCCGGUGCUGGGCAACUAUGAGCAGACUUUCGUUUUGGCCUUACUGAUGACCUUGCUGACAGUGUCACCUACGGUUUUCCUCCUUGGAGGCGGUGGAGCCCUUCAAGUGUGCUUCUGCGAGAAGCCGGACUUUGUGACCAAGUGCGAGGACACCGCUCUGAACCUGUUCAAGUACAAUGCACUGGGCGGUAUUCUGGGCGCUUGGGCCGGUAGCGUAGUGGCCCCACUGGACUGGGGACGUGACUGGCAGGCUUAUCCCAUACCGAACGUGAUCGGAGCACUCUUGGGUAGCGCUCUGGGCAAUAUAUACGCUUGUACGCAUGUCCUCUACGCCACAGCCCGAGUUUACAUGAGCAAGAAACGCACUUAAAUCUAAUAAUAAAUGCUUUUAAUUCUGCCACAAAGA